UUGUUGGAGGAACAUCUAACAGGGAAAGAUGGCGGAAGUGGAUAAGGAUGGUGAUCCUGCGGCUGAGAAAGAUGACCUACAGAUUUUAAAGGAACUAGUGGAUGAGUUGUAUCAUUUUCGGGAUCAUUACUUUGAGACUCACAGUGUGGAGGAUGCAGGGAGGAAACAGAGUGAUGUGGCACAGGAGAUGGAGAAGACUCUAACGAAGCUUAGGGAGAAAGAAGAGUCGUAUAAGCACAGUGCUGAGUUCCUGCUGCUGCGGGGCCGCUGCCUGGGGGUGGCACCAGAGUUUAGCACCACCGCCGAGGAGUGCCUGUCCAGGGCUGUGAAGCUGGAACCUGGGCUGGUGGAGGGCUGGAAUAUCCUGGGGGAGCAGUACUGGAAGAAAGGAGACCUGAUCACCGCCAAGACUUGUUUCACUGGAGCCCUGCAGCAGAAAAAGAACAAGGUGUCUCUGCGCAGUCUGUCCAUGGUGCUGAGGCAGCUACCGGGCGUUGAUGAGCAGGGGAAGAGGGUCCUGGAGAGUGUGGACAUGGCCAGGCAGGCUGUACAGCUGGACGUCACAGACGGCACCUCCUGGUACAUCCUAGGAAACGCCUACAUCUCCCUGUUCUUCACCUGCGGACAGAAUCCACAGAUGUCUCAACAGGCUCUGAGUGCCUAUGCACAGGCUGAGAAAGUGGACCGAACAGAAACCUCCAACCCUGAUCUACACUUCAACAGAGCCACGCUGUUCCAGUAUGAGGAGAUGUUUGGGUCUGCGCUGGGGGGGUACAGCCGGGCUGCGGCACUGGACCCUGCAUGGGAGGAGCCUCCAGAGAGGGAGAGGCAGCUGAUGGAAUACCUGGAGAAACUCACAGCACUCACAGAGAACAAGGGGAAGGUGAAGGCCCGGCGCCUGCGGACAAUGCUCUCCAACCUCAGCACGUCGGCCCUGGGGCCGUGCUCCUCCCCUCAGUUCCGCUCCCCCGCAGGCCGCGUUGGGAGCCUGGAGCCCCGCAACCUGUCUGCCUUGACACACGGCCACAACACUGGGGUGGCUGCCCUGGGCAAGGUGGUGUUCAGCCUGGCCUCCGAGGGACGCAUGGCCUUUACGUUUGGCAUGGUGGACAGUGAGGAGACCUGCUGCGUGAUCGUGGUUUAUAACACGGCAGACAGUUGGGGUGUUCUGAUUGGCGACUCUGUGGUCAUCCCAGAGCCCCAGGUCAAACGCCACAGUGUAGCCCACAAGGACCAGACGUUUGACUUCCGCAGUAUACGAGUGGACUCUCCCCUACUCCUCAUCGUCAAUGGCAAGAGACAGAAUGUCCAGGCUCAGACUGCAGCCUCCGUCAGUUACAAGCCCCAGAGUGAAUGAGAGGAGGAGGAGGGCGGUGGAGGGAAGAAGCAUGAUGAGCGAGUGCCUGUUUUUUUUUCUCUCAAAAUGUUUUCAUAUGUGAGUUUUGUAAAUAGUAGAUCCUUGUUAUGUUAGUCUUUAGGAAUACACUGUACAUAUUUAUACAUAUUUCUUUUUUUGUAUUUUGUGGGAGGGAGGCUGGGGGAUUUUGUAAAUGACUGCCUACAAUAUGAUAAUUCAUUGCGAUGAUAAUGGUGUCAGGCUUAUGUGUUCAAGACAUUAAAACAAACAUCCCCAUUCCCCAAA